AUGGCCCCUCCGCCACCCUACCUGAUAGCGACCGCCGCCCAAGAUGUUUCUUCUACGCUCGCCGCUGUCGUAGCAGCUACAGCAACAGCAGCAGUCGAGGCAGCAGCAAACACCAUGAUCCCCAUUGCGACCCCGACAGACACCUUCGCAGGCGCCAUCGCGACCGUCGCGAGCACCGCUGCUGCGGCGACGGCCACGAAUGCCGUAGCACAGGGCGAGGAAGGUGGCAACGGCGAGUGCAGCCUGCUUGGCUCCUUCGCCCUCAUAGUCCAGGCGGCCCUCGGUGGCCUUGCCUUGCUGUCUUUGGUUUUCAAGCGCUGGAGAGAGCGGCCACAACGUCCAGUCAAGAUCUGGUUCUUCGACGUCUCGAAGCAGGUGUUUGGCUCUGUUCUCGUCCACAUCGCCAAUAUCUUCAUGUCAAUGUUGACGUCGGGGCGCUUCUCGGUGACACUGGACCCCGCAACGACGGCCACCGUGCAGAGGUUGAUGAGACGCGGCGAGGACUACACACCCAACCCGUGCUCUUUCUACCUGCUCAACCUCGCCAUCGAUACCACCAUCGGCAUCCCCAUCCUCAUUGUACUUCUCCGCGUCCUGACGGGCCUCGUCGCAUACACACCCUUGGGCAAGCCCGAAGAGUCGAUCCGGUCUGGCAACUAUGGCACUCCUCCCAACGCCUGGUGGUGGCUAAAACAGUCCUUCAUAUACUUCUGCGGCCUUUUUGGCAUGAAGUUCUGCGUCCUCAUCAUCUUCCUACUCCUGCCAUGGAUCUCGCGUGUCGGCGAUUGGGCCUUGCGGUGGACCGAAGGCAACGAGCAGCUGCAGAUCUUCUUCGUCAUGAUGUUCUUCCCGCUCGUUAUGAACGCCAUGCAGUACUACAUCAUCGACUCUUUCAUCAAGCAACCCCAGCACGAGCAUGAGCGGCUACCGGAGGAGGACACUGACUGGAACUCGAGACACGCAGGUGUCAGCCCCUACGACGAUGCCGACUCGGCCAGCGAGGAGGGCGCGAGUUCAGAUGACGGAGCGAGCUUGAAGCUGAAGAAGGCGAAACAUGUAGAUGAUGCCGAGUACGAUCCGGAUACGGACGGUGACGCACCGACGGUCAUUGGUAGCAGUUCGAGCCGGACGAAUCACCAGAGAAGGGAUAAGGAUAUUUCGGCGGAGCUUUUCCCCAAGGAGUGA